AGCUGCAUCAGUGUACAACCCUGUCUGUAUGAUGAGCUGAGGGGAUUCCUUCAGCCGUGCUUUCCUCUCAGUCUACUUCAGUGCACAGAUGGGAUUAGACGUAAUCCCGCACUCCCAAUGUCCAUGCGCAAACUCAAGUGCGUGCCUGUGCCGUCGGUUCGCUGUUAAAUCAUCAACUACAAAAUAUCGUCCACAAAUUGCAGCGGGCAUGAGGUAAACGAGCUCUUGUGAGUAAUCCUGGAUGAGCUACCCCGGUUACCCUGUGCAACAUCUGGAAGUGAGCUGAAUCUGAAGACAUUCACAGAGCAUGCAAAGGUGCAGGUUUUGCUCUGCUCUUCCCUCCUAGGGUGGGACAUUCACCCGUACUCAUGGACAACAAGUGCUCACAUGACAUGUCAGUGUCUGGAUCUAAGACAGGAUGUCUAAAUGUGAGCUGAUUGAGCUGAAAGACCUUAGUGUAAAUGAUUCCAUCGAACUGGCUGCUUCAGCUGUCCAUGUUGCCCCACCCCCUGGAAACCCAGCUCAGCCCAGUCACUACCAUGUUGUCCGUCUGGUUGGAGACAGCGUCAGCAUUGAAACACCGGGCCGUCACGCAGGAGAGGCUGCUAUGGGUCACAACUUCCAGCCUUACAGCUACACACAUCUCACCUGGUGUGACCUGUGUGGAGAAUUCAUCUGGGGUCUUUAUAAGCAGAGUUUGCGUUGUGCCAACUGUCGUUACACAUGUCACAACCGCUGCCGACCAUUCAUCCAACUGGACUGCAGCGCACAUGGAAGUGUGUUGACAGAGAGCUCAAAUUACAACGAUGACCCCGUAGAGACGGACACUAAUGUGGAUGAGCAAACUGAGUUUGGUAAACAGGAGUUCAGUGUUGCUGAGAUUCAGCAGAGGGUGAAAGAGUACAAUGCACAGAUUAACAACAAUCUCUACAUGGUUGAUAAUAAAGACGGGUCCUUCACUGGAUUUAUCAAGGUCCACUUUCAGUUAGUCCGUCCCAUCUCCCUCCCUCAUCCUCAGUGCCAGGGCUCCACAGAGGAGGAAGAUCAGGAGGGCAGAUGUAUGAAACGGCGGACUUCUUUCUACCUCCCCAAAGAUGCUGCAAAGCACCUACAUAUAAGUUCAGAAACACGGGUACAAGAGGUCAUCCAGGCUUUGCUCAACAAGUUCACAGUGGUAGACAACCCAGCAAAGUUUGCCCUGUUUGAGCACACAGAGAAACAAAGUCAAGUGUACAUGCGGAAAUUGUUUGACGAUGAGCGUCCUCUCUAUCUGCGCUUGUGUGCUGGUCCCAGUGAAACAGUCCUGAGUCUGGUUUUGAAAGAAAAUGAAACAGGGGAUAUAAAUUGGGAUGCGUUUAGCUUUCCUGAACUCUGUAACUUUCUGCGAAUCUUGCAGCGUGAGGAAGAAGAGCAUGUGCGGCAGAUUGGGAGGCGCUACGCUCAUGCGAGAGAGAUGAUGAAGCAGGCCAUGGCCCGGAUUUCUAAACCUGGUUGAUACAGAAAGAUUCAACAGAUCCUCAGAUUUUAACAUGAAGAAAAACCCUCUCUUGCCUUGAAAAUAGGAAAAUUGACUGAUGCUGUAAAAGGGAAAGAAAAAGCUUUGUUUUUAAUAUAGGUUGUAAUAAAGCAGGGAUAGGUCUUUUAUAUCUAAUGUGAAUAUCUGAAAAUAUCAGGGCAUGUUACAUUUGUGCAAAUAAAACUGUAUUUGUGAAAUUGAUUGGCUCAAAAUGUAAAAAAAAAAAAGUCAUCAUGGGCUUAACAGGACUGUUCUUUCUCUAAAAAAGAUGCUGCUUGAUUAUUUAUAGUGAUAUAAAGAAACAUUUUAGUAUUUUCCUAUAAUUUAUGUGGUUUAUUUUCUGGUUAUUUUGUGUGAAACAGUUUUUCUUUUUCUUUUUUUAAGCUGGCACUUUAAUCAGUCUGUGAAAUUGAGCUGGUCAUGUUCAUGAGAUCGGAA